CGGAUAGAAGCAAAUCUCCUCUAGAAGCGCCCGCCGCCCGUGGUGCUUGGCAUUCGCAGUUAACCGUUGCCAUCUUCGAAAAAAGAAGCUUCUUCCUAACACAACGGUCGUAAAGAGAGACAAGAGGACGGAUUAGUGGAUACGUCGUACUGGAUAGUGCCAUAGCCAUAGUGGAGCUGGCUCAGCAGCCCAGCUGAGACAGGACUGACUGACUCACUCACUCACCAACUCUCUCUGUCUGGGAUGGAUCGUGGUCUUGGACUGUUAAAGAAAGGGAAGACAAAAAAUAAAGAGAGAAAGGCAGCAGAUAAAGAUGUGACGCGAGGCGCACUCGGAUAUCAGGGUUUGAGAAAAAAAAUCCGGGUGCGCCUGACGUGGCUUUUACUACCUCCUCAUCAGCCGUUUAUUUGGCCUCCUGUCGUCAGAGGUGAAAUAUCUAGCGUCCGUCGUUCGUGCGCUGCUCUGUCUUCGCCGUGUCGAAAUGAAUAUCUAGCUGGCCUGCGUAAGCUCCUGCAACGAAUGAAUAUCUCGUCUGUUUGUUUUGUCCGCCGUCGCCGCAGCGUGUAUGUCCAGACUCCAAAUCGACCUGCACCUGCACAUCAGCACAUCAGCCCAAGUCCCCAGCAGCAAUGGAAAUUUCCGGACGCGGUUCAUCACGAGCGGAGGAAACGUCCUCGCUAUUCAUCAUGAAGUUGAAGAAGAGUACGUUGUGCGAUGGAUGCUUGGCAAACAAGGAACAGAUCAGAGUCCAGCACCAGGAUUCUGUCUCGAUUUACUAGCAGGUGCCUUGCCAAUGCACCUGCCCUUCUCGUAUGGAGCCGAUGCGGAAGAGGAAUUGACUGAGCGCGGGGAAGCUGAUGUAGUUCCAGAGGCUGGAACGAAGAUGGGCCGUAGCCGUCGUGUGCGCCGGCUCAGUGGACGUUUUCCUUCUGAUGUAUGGACCAAAUGAGUACUUGUUCCGGUAAUCGUAUAAAGGGGAAAACAGAGAGGAGGAACAGACACUUUUGAACUCUAAAU